AUACAUCCUAUUUCCCACGAAGCAUGUGAUAUCUUGAUGACUAUAAACGUUUCUUCUCCGCCAAACAAUUUAAGUUAGUGCUUCGAGGAGAAGUGCUGCGGGAGGUUUUCUGCUAAUAGUCAGUUUUCGACGUUGAGUGACGAAAUUUGCAGUGCGCAUGGGAGUUCUGGGUCUUACCCCAUUUUUACAGAAAACCUGCCCGGAAGUUAUCCGAAAACUUCCAGACCGCCUCAGAUCUCUCUGCGGUAAGACCGUUGUCAUCGAUGGCACCCUUAUAACCCAGCGCCUUCACUUCGCACCGAUGCCUCAUCCGCAUAGACACGUCCUCGGGUGGCAUCGCAUAAUCACCGAACUCAAAGAGUGCAAUGUGCAUGCAAUUUGUGUAUUUGAUGGUAGAGACCGUAGCAUUGCCAAAGCUCGAGAGGUAGAACGACGCAGGGAGAUACGGAGACUGGAUGCAGCUCGUUCAUCCAUUGAGGUGGAGAGACUGAGCAGACUUCGGAAAUUGAUGCGAUUACUACCGCAAUAUCAUUCAAUGGAACCGCCGGACCGUCGGCGCGUCAGCUAUGCGUUACAACACGUAGCAGUGGCUCCAAAGACCAUCCCUACAUACUUCCAGCCUUCUUUGUCACCAUCGGAUAUCCUUCAGAAUGAUGUGAACUCAGUCAGUGUUGCUACAACUCGCUUUCAAACUCGCCUUUCUGGUGCUUCUGAAUUUGAGCAAAUUUGCAAUACUCUAUCAACUCAUUCGGAGGAGGAUACCCUUUGGGCAAUCUACUGUUAACAUAUCGGAUGCAGACAUGAAAGAGAUUCUUCUCGCUCGCACAGGUCAAUCAGUCGCCGUCAUCUCGCCUUGUGAUUCCAAGUCAUGGCUAGACCCUAUAAAUAAUUCGACGUUGGAUCCAGGUGCUUCCCUCGUUGAAGGCAUAUCCAACCUUCGAGUGCAAGACCUCCCUCCUGG